AUGGCCUCGACACCGCCAGCCGCCCAUCGAGCGCUCGAGCACCUCAUCACCGAGCACCGUACCACCCUCGCCGACCUCUACGCCGCCCUCUCGCCCGCCCCACAACCCCUCGUCGACUCGCACCUCGCCUCGCUCGAGUCGGCCCUCGACACCCUCCUCGCCUCGCAGCGCUCGGCCGCCGAGGCCCAGGUCGCCGCCGCCGAGCAACGCCUCGCCGCCGCCUGGACCCGCGUUCAUGACUGGCAGGCCGCCCUCGGCGAACCUCUGCGCCCGGCAAAGCGCCGCGGCGACGGGCCCCUCCUCGUCCUCGUCGACGAGGUCGACCGCAUCCGCGAGGGCAUGAAGGGCCGCAUGGAGGAACGCGGCACCCGCAUCCUCGCCCUCCACGAGCGCCUGAGGGCCCUCGCCGAGGUCGUCGGCCGCGAGUGGCUCGACGUCGAGUUGGACGACGCCGCACAGUCGGGCAGCUGGGAGGACCUCAACCUCAAGCUCGAGCGCAUGGGCGCCCUCGAGACCGAGAUCAUGCGCUGCGAGGCCGAGAUCGCCCGCCGACGAGACGUCCUCACGACGAGCACCAACGAGAUCUUUGCGCUCCGCAGCGAGCUCGGCAUCCACCAGGCGUCAGACGGCGCGCUCGCCGACCCGCUCGACGAGGACAUCCUGUGGCACCUCGGCAUUGGCGACGCCCGCCAGCCCAAGCGCGAGAUCGUCCCGACCGCCGACAACGUGCAGCGCGUCGAGGCCAAGCGCAAGUGGCUCGAGGACGAGAAGGACCGCCGCAACAUGUCGAUCCAGACGACCUACGACAAGCUGUACCCGCUGUGGACCAUGCUCGGCGUGUCCGAGGACGAGAUGGAGGACUUUGUCAACCGCCACAUGGGCUCGACGCUCGACGUCGUCAACGCCUACCAGGACGAGCUCGCGCGCAUGCUCCAGCUCAAGCUCUCGAACCUGUCGGGCUUCAUCACGCGCGAGCGCGAGGCCCUCACGGCCCUGUGGGACCGCCUGUACGUCUCGCACGCGCAGCGCGUCGCCCAGUUCCCGGCCUACAGCAUCAGCGUCGAGCCGACUCGCGUGUGGAACGCGGCCCACGGCUGCGAGGACGAGGUCGUGAGCCCCAACGUGAGCGAGGAGCUGCUCGUUGCGCACGAGCGCGAGCGCGAGCGGCUCGAGCGCGAGGAGGAGGACUUGAGGCCUGUGCUCGACCGGCUUGGACGGUACUUCGAGGUCGUCGAGAAGACCAAGGAGCUCGAGGCGGCGGCGGCAGACCCGAGUCGGCUCAUGGACAAGAGCCGGGGCGCCGCAGGACGACUCGCGCAGGAGGCCAAGGACCGCAAGCGCGUCGACCGCGAGCGGCCAAAGCUCGAGGCCGAGCUUCGGCUCAUGAUCCCCGAGUGGGAGGCGGCCAACGGGCGGCCGUUCCUCAUCAACGGCGUCGGCUUCAUCCAGGGCCUCGACGAGCAGCUCCGCGCCGACGAGCAGGAGAAGGAGAACCGCAAGCGCGCCAAGAUGGGCGCCUCAUCGUCGUCGUCGUCCGCGCGGCCCCUCAAGCCCCAGCACACAGGCGCCUCGACCAUGGCGCCGCUCAAGCGCCAGAUGACGGGCGCCUCGGCCCGCUCUGCGACCUCGGCCACCUCGACCGGCCCGCCCGCUCCCAAACGCCUCGCCCAAGGCGCCGGCUCGUCGACCGCCCCGACCCCGUCAGCCUCGCGCAUCGGUCGACCAAAGUUGGCGCUCGGCGACCACUCGAACUACGGCGUCGCGGCGACGCCGUCGCAGCCGCUCAAGGCGCAGCCGACAGGCGGCUCGCGCGCGCGCUCGGGCACGGUCGGCGCCGGCUCGACGGUCGCGCAGACGCCGUUGUCGGCGUCGACGGGCUCGAGUGGGUCGGCGUCGUUCCUCGGGGCGAGUGCAGGGUCGCAGGGCAUGCGGAUCCCGGCGGGCUGGGGAGGUGCGGGCGGCGGCGCGGCGGGCGCGCAGAUGAUGUCGCCGUCGCUCAGCGCUUCGGCAGCGGUGUCGAGGGGCCAGGGACUCGUGCCGCAGCCGACAGGCUUCAGGCCUCGAGGCUAG